CUUUUUCCACUAACGCCUUCGUCAUAAGCCCCAGAGAAGCUUCUGUUUUUGCGGAUGUCAGCCCCACGUUUGCCGAUGCCGGCCGGGAUGUCCCCAAGGAACCCGAACCAGAUGGAAGUCGCUAACUUGGCCACACAUUGCAAACGUGUACACUGCACAGAUCGGAUUUUGUCCCAAGCAUUCUACUACAAGAAAUCACAAAUACCAUCAUGGCGCGAGUUGCUCGAUUGCUGUUGUUUAGUGCCAUUACCUUCCUGAUCGUGAUAGCGCUAGGGUAUGCGGUGUUCGGCUAUAUGGUUUUUCUCAACACCUCACCUUUUCCUGCGACCAAAAUCUUCCCGAGAAAAAUAGUCAUUGGCUUAUGCAUAUUAUCGCCAUUGGUGUUGACUACGUCCCUUCUCGGCUGUUGUGGUUUACACCGCUCCUCUGCAGCCUUCCUACACUCUCUCGUGGUGGCUUUGACUUUCCUCUGCAUCGGGCACUAUGUCCUCGCCCACCUCGCCCACCUCGAAACCAACAUCGUAACUGCCGAACUAGGCGCCUACAGCGACUGGAACUCGUCAAAUGCCAAUACACGCACAUCCAUUAUGAACGAAUUCCGAUGCUGCCAAUGGUCGGCUGCCGACAUUGAAGGGAGCAAAGCCCACGCUCCUGCUGCCAUCUCUACACCCGGCAUUGCAGACGACGGCGAUGCCUCCACCCCGCCCGUGGUGUACGACUCAUGCCUGGCGGGCGCUGGUCCAUGCGAGAACAUAUUGACGGAUUUCAGGGUGACGCUAGCGCCUAAAAUUGCAAUCGCCUGCUAUGCCGUUAUCGGAUACUUGCUUUUGACAUUGUCGAUCGAUGCGGCGUUGAUUUAUGCUAUGCGAGACCGUAGAAAGAGGCGAGCAAGAGAGAAGCACUGGCGGAAUGCGGUUGGGGAUGAAGGGUUGCUCAAGAGAUCCAUGGCGUCCGUUUGAAGCCGUACGGAAUUCGGAAGCUUAUGACCUGUUUUUCUGUAUUUUCUUAUCGUGUAACCUUGUUGUAUCUGAAGUUGGUGUAUAGCUUUGUAACCUCGGAGUGGGCUCGGCAGACAGAACAUGUAGUAUGCGGAUGGAAAGAUGCUUGAAGAUGAGCGUA